GCUGUGCGGGCGGGCGGGGCGCGGCAGCCGCGCUGGGCGCUGCUCCUUGGCGCAGGACGGCGGCUGGGCGGCAGGGCCAUGGUGCUGUCGGCGCCGCAGCAGGUGCUGGUCUCGGUGGUGCUGGUGCUCUGCGUCUUCGUCGUCAUGCCCAGGAUGUUUGGGGCGGGAGGAGGCGGGCGAGCCGGCCGCACUCCGCGGGGCGCCAAGGCCGGCCCCGGCCAUUACGAUCUCCGUCAGCACCGCAGAGGUAGCCCUCGGACAGUUCAUCAAGUUCACCUGAAUCCAGAACAGUCUGACAGUAACACUUACCAGAGUAUUCAGCAGAUGAGAAAUGCAAUGGAGAAAGAGAUCAAGAGUGAGAGAACAAGAGGAAACGGCAGAGAGUUAGUAUUCACCCUCAUGCCAUUGUAUGCUCUUGGAGUGGGAGUGUUUGCAGCAUACAAAUUUCUUAAGAUGAAGUCACAUGAAGAAAGCCUUUCCAAAAAGGAAAAAAGUACAGAAGACAAGGCAAAGGAAACAGAGCAUCAGCUUUUAGAACUGGAGCAGCAUCUAGCACAGACAGAGAAAAUGUUAAAUUCUUUAUUGACUCAGUUGGAUCCACUGUCAAACUGUGUUAAUGCUUUAGCUUGUGAGCAGAAAGAUGAAAUAAUGACACAGCUCAAAUCAAUUAGACGCCUGAUGAAAGAAAGUGGAUUGGAUAAAUCUGAAAACAAGAUGAAAGAUUUCAGCCACAUUUGUAAUGAGAAACUUGAAGAUCUCAUUCAGUCAUUUGCUGAACAUUCUCAAGAGAAAGAAAUGGAUGACAGAGAUGACAGUAAUGAUUUGCUUGAAGAUGUUGAUAGUGAUUACAAAAUAGAAGAGCAUGAAUUAAGUGAUGAACGUGAAGUACAUCAGUUUGAGCCAGAUGUGAUAGAAGAUGAGCAAGAAAUUAUGAACAAAGAUGCUGUUGAAUCGGAAGAGAUGGGAUUGAGGAGACGUAAUAGACAUGAAUGAAAACUGCAUAUGUAAAACUUUCAAAAGUUUAUGAAUUUUUUUUUAUAAUGUUUUAUGCACUUUAAACUGUUUUGAAUGAAAUUAUGUGCACUGCUGUAUGCUUUAUAAAGAGGGGUGUGAUACUGCCUGUGCUCCUUUUUAUGAUGGUUCAGUAACUUCAGUGGCAGCAGAAUUUUACUCAGGAUGUUUACGUAUUUUUUCCUAUUUAUUUUUUUCCUAUAAAAAUAUUUCUGUACUCUGUAUAUGAUGCACUAUAACUAUAUCUGAUGCUUCACUGAAAUAUUAGAAUAUAUUGUAAUUGAGACUAUAAAAGUUUGAUAAAUGUAAUUAGUAAGCAUGGUGCCACUUGAACUUUACCUUCCUUGAGUUCAUUAAAGAGCAUGCACUGA